AUGGCUGCUCUUCACUGUAUCUUGGCCGUGCAUCAGGUCUAUUCACCCACCGUCCCCAUCACUCUUUAUUAUAUUGCUAUUCACAGCUGCAUGUCACCUGAUAUCAGCUCCGCAUAUCACACUUUUCUUCAAAUUUCAGGCAAUAUUGUUCAUCGGGGCAGCACGGUUCUAGGUGUUAACAAGGCCGGCUGGACACUUCACUCGGCUCUGCACACUGCUCGUCCGGAUAUUAACUGCAUUGUUCAUGUCCAUCUACCAGAUGUGAUCGCUGUUUCUUGCAUCCGAGCCGGUCUUCUGCCUGUCAGUCCAGAAGCCAACGAGUUGCUUAUCUCUAGUGGUGUGCGCUAUCACGAGUACCGGGGAAUUCUUGUACAAGAUUCUGAGAAAGAGUCCAUCCAGACCGAUCUGGGUCCAAAAGCCAAAAUUCUUUUCCUGCGUAAUCACGGAGUUGCCGUUGCAGCGUCGGACGUCCCGGAGGCGUGGUAUUUGUUGAAACGGGUUGUUGCUGCUUGUCAAACACAG